AGUUUCAUGAUUAGAAUGUUACAAUUAAAUUGUUAAACAAAAUACCUUGUUUAAUGUGAUGUUAUUUUCCAAAUGUUUUUUCUUAUAUAUAUAAAUCAAAUGUUGUGAAAUAAAGUAUGUGUUAAACUAUGUUUAAUUAUAUGAAACUGACAAGGGAAAAAAUAUUUAUGUUUAUCAAAUUAUUAGCUGAUGAACAAAAUAAAAGUAUACAGUUAUCAUAUUUUAUCAAUAGAAUGAGAUAUAUAAAGUGCAGCAAAAUUUUGAAUUAUGUAUACAUAUUAAUUUUUAUUACAUGAAAGAUAACUUAAAUAUUUAAUAUUGCAUAGCUGAAUGUGUUAUCAUCGUGUUUACAAAUUUAUAUUUAUUUUUCAUUUUCACACAAUUGGAAUUAAUACGUAUUUCAUUCAUGGAUGAUUUAGAAGUGAAUGAAAUGGAAAGUAUACAGGAUCCUGAUAUUUCAACUGAUUUAGAGACAAAUGGAUUUGAUUUGUCUGCUGGAAAUACAUGGAUUUAUCCAGACAAUUAUCCUGUUAGAGAAUAUCAAUAUAAUAUUGUUAAAAAAGCUUUAUUCUAUAAUACUCUAGUAUGUCUACCAACCGGGUUGGGGAAAACGUUUGUUGCUGCUGUGGUAAUGUAUAAUUUUUGGAGAUGGUAUCCACGUGGAAAAAUUGUUUUCCUUGCACCAACAAAGCCCUUAGUCGCUCAACAAAUUGAUGCUUGUUAUAAUGUGAUGGCUAUUCCAAGUAUAGAAAGUAUUGAACUCACAGGCAGUGUAAAUCAUAAAGCACGUCAAAUAGCUUGGUUUAAGAAAAGAGUGUUUUUUGCUACACCUCAAGUAUUUCAUAAUGAUCUUGAAAAUAAUAUUAUUCCUAGUGAACUCGUAAAAUGUGUUGUGAUAGACGAAGCACAUAAAGCAUUGGGUAAACAUUCAUAUUGCGAGUGUAUCCGUAUAUUGACUGAGAAAAAUCGAUAUUUUAGAAUACUAGCACUUUCCGCAACACCGGGAAAUAAAAUUGCUAAUGUUCAUCAGGUUGUGCAAAAUUUAUGCAUUUCGCAUAUAGAAUUAAGAGAUGAAGCAUCUCUUGAUCUAAUGCCAUAUGUUAAUCAAAGAAAGACAGAUAUCAUUUUAGUUCCUCUUGGUCAAGAAUUAGAAAAGUUUAAAGAUAAAUAUAUUAAUAUAAUGGAUCGUCAUGUAAAAUUUCUCAUUAGAUGCAAUGUUAUUCGCGGACAAACUGCAAAUAUUUCUAAAGGCAAAAUCUUUAUGAUACUAAGGGAAUUUCAAAACACGCCAAAUCAAUCAGGAAAUAAUAACCAAAUUAAAAAAACAUUAAAUAUUUUGCUUACCAUGUAUCAUGCUUAUGAAUUAAUGAUUCGGCAUGGACUUCGUGCCUUUUAUAAGUUUUAUCAAAAUCAUUCUGAUAAAUUUUGGAUGAACAGUGAAACUCAACUACAAGAAUUAAUCGCAGAAGUUCAAACUUAUUUGGGACCAUUUCCUGAUCCUCAACUGUUUAUUAGUGGAAAUAUUCCAGAAAUUCCAGAUAAUCUUGUAUUCGGACAUAAUAAGUUUUUAAAAUUAAGAGAAUUAUUAUUGCAUCAUUUCUCAAUGGCAAGUUCUUCUGGAAAAGAUACAAGGGCUAUAGUCUUUGUAGAGUAUAGAGACAUUGUCAGCGAGGUAUACAUUUUAUUGUUACAAGCAAAACCCAUGAUAAGACCUCAAAUGUUUGUUGGCAAAACUGAACAAAAACAGAAAAGUCAAAUAAAGGCGAUAGAAGAUUUCAGGCAAAAUCGUGUUAAUGUACUCAUUUCUACCAGUAUAGGUGAAGAAGGAUUAGAUGUUGGAGAAGUAGAUUUGAUAAUAUGCUUUGAUGUAUCACAAAAAUCUCCUACUCGUCUUGUACAACGAAUGGGAAGAACUGGACGAAAACGAGAUGGUCAUAUAAUAGUUCUUGUUACAGAUGGUAAAGAACACGAAGCCUUAAAAUCUACAAUGCAAAGAAGAGAAUCUUUAAACAGUAAAAUUCUCAAUACAAGCAAUAUCAGUUCCUCUUUAUAUGAGGAAAAUCCUCGCAUGAUACCAGACGUAUGUAACCCAGAAUGUCGUAAAAUGCAUAUACAUAUAAAACCAAAAACUCCUGUGAAAAAAGGUACUAAAUCUAAGAAAGUAGAUAAUCAAAAGUCUAAUGAAACAUCUACGAAAAAGAUAAAAACUGCCAAACAAUCUUCUAUUAAUGAAAUAAGAAAUACGAAUCAGCCUUCAUUGUCAAAAUUUCUCCUAAAAGCAAAAUUUGACGAGCAGCCUAAUAAUGAUAAUGAUUAUAAUAACGACGAUGAUGAUUUUGUUGAAAUUGUAAAGCCUACUAUAAUAGAAACUACUAUCUCAAAUAAUAAAACUAAUUUAAUAAAAGCAUCGAAUGUUAAAUUGCUAACUUGUGACAACGAAGCAGUUGACUUUUUAACAUUGUACGCUAUGAAGAAAUCAGAGGAGGAAAUGAAACCGAAAAAACCUAAAAUGGAUACCACUUAUGUGUCUUUAACUGAAUCAAUAACAAAUUUCAUUGAUUUUACUAUACCUAGUUUAGAUAUACUUGAUGAUUUGGCUGAUUAUUUAAGUAAUAUUAAAAUAGAUUUAUCAUUGCCAAAAGAACCUUCUCAAAAUGAUUAUGAUGAUGACGACAACUUUUGCUUUAAUAAUCAAUACAAUAUUGUGAGUCCAGUAAACAUAGGCAUAAAUGUAUGUACUGUUAGUAAAUCCAAGUUCGAAGAUUUACUCAAUGAAAGUACCGAUUCUGAUGAUAUCGCAGAUGACGGAAAUAAUUUAAAUAAUAAGGAUACUAACGUUAAUAUUGUAGAACAUAGUACAGCUGGAACUGUAAUAAGUACAAAAUGUAGUAAACAAAGUGAUAAUUUUAAUCCUUCGAAUACAAAUAGUUAUGUACCAAUGGAUGCCGAAGUUAGUUUUUUUGAAGAUAUAUUUAAUGAUUCAUUUGAUUCUAUUGAAAGUGAUUGUAAUACCGAUAAUGUUGAAAAUAAUCAAUUAAAAAUGUCUGAUUCAAACAAUGACUCUUCAAAAAUAACAACAAGUAAUCAAAUACAAGAAAAAACAAAUAAUUCUACGUUAACAAACAUGUUAGAUAAGAAACAACCUAAAGAAGAACGCUCAAAACAUUGCGAAAAUAUGUAUUCCAUAAGUCAAGCUGUUAAUAAAAUAGCACAAAUAAAUUCCAAAGAGGAUGUACGGAAUGCAUUUACGGAAGUAAAAGAUACACUGCAAUAUGUAGCACAAAAGUCUGAAUAUACAUCAACUAGUAAUAAAUCACUUAUACAAAGUAAUAUACGAAUGAGUGACUAUGAAUCCGAAGAUGAUAUAUUUGCAUCUGAUUCAGAAGAUUUGAAAAUAAUUUCUCUAGGCAAUGAAUCAACGAACAAGACAAAUCCGAAAAAUGAAACUUUACUAAACUCAGAACAAAGUAUUCAUACAAAAUUAAAAUGUAUAGGAGAAAACCAGUUUGAAGUUGAUGAUUUUGAAUGGAACAAUGACUUUGAAGUAUCGUCUGUUUCAGCUGCAAAUUCAAAGUAUUUUAAUUUAAAUUCUACUACUAACGAUAGUGUAAAAAAUAACGAUGCUUUAGUAUCAUCUUUCGCGAAUGAUAUUAUGGGGGAUGAUGUGGAUAGCGAUGAGUGGAUAUCAUUCCAGCCAAAAUCCAAACCAGAAGAACGUGUAAAAAAUAAUUCUAUGAAAAUAGCAAAAAAAUUAUCUACUAUAAAGCAUUCCUUUCCUAAUUCCAUUUCCGUGGACGAUCAAAAUGAUUCUGAAAAUGAUUUUGUUAUAAGUACAAACGAUAUAGAAAAAUUAAAUCAAUUGGAAACUAGUUAUUUCUCAGAACAGAGAAGUCAAAAUUAUGAUACGUCUAUUCCAAGUAGCAGCUAUUGCAAAGAUAAGACUUUUAAAAAAGUUGAAAAACAAGGAAUGACAUUUAACAAAUUAAGUUCUUUUAAAGCCCAAGAUAAAUAUUUAAAGUCACAAGAUUUUAAUAAAACAAGUCAGAGCAGUCAAUCAAAAUAUAUGAAAUCUUCAAGGGAUCCCUCUUACAAAAACAAAUCAAUAAGUCAAAAGAGUAAAGUGAGAAGUCAAAAGAGUAAAGUGAGAAGUCAAUGCGAAUAUAUUGAUUAUGAAGCAGCAGUAUCGUGUAAUAGUAGUUCUAGUGAAAGUUCUGGUGCAGACGAGGAUUUAAAAGAUUUUGUUAGUUACACUCAAUACGCACAAGAGGAAGAUGUACAUGCUUUAUAUCUACAAGCCAGUAAAAGUCCUAUAAAAAAACCUGGUGCUUUUGUUUUUAAAGAACCUCAAGUAUCUACAAAAAUAACAGAUAUAUAUUCUCAACCUUGUUCACAGGCCGAUGAAACGUACCUUCAGGAUUCCUUUUGCGUAAAUGGUGAUGAAGAUGACGAUGUCGAUGAGAGUAAACCUAUUCAUGGAUAUUCUAUAUUGGAAGAAGCAGAGAAAAUACUAGAAACUAAAAAGAGGAAACGAAUUAAAUCUGAUAGAUCAGAAAAUAGUGUAUGGAAAAAUAGAAAAAAAAGAAAAAAGAAUAAAGUAAUAAAUAUUUCUUCAAAUGAUAGUAGUGAGGAUGAAACUGAAAAAUUACGUAUAGACAUUCAAAAUGAAUCGAUGAUGUUGAAAGGUUUACAUCCAUAAAAUUUUGUAUUGUAUUAUAUAUAUAGAAAACUAUGAAAGAUAGAAA